AUACAACUAGGAAGUGUGACAGUGACUUCAGUUUCAUUUCUCCUGCUAGAAGGCGACAUUAGGUGACUGAAACAGCAGGUGUUUCAUGUAAAACAACCUUCUCCUAACUCAAACUAUUCAGUGAGGUUCAUUGAUAUUUAACUAAUACAGAAAUGAGCUGGAUUUAUGACAGUGCUUAUCAUAUGUUUGAAAACAUAUGUUUAUAUCACAUAAAGCAGGAAUACAAUAGUUUUAUUUUUCAACUUAAAAUGGCAGCUUGUGGCUGUUGUGCCCUGCUUAUUCCUUUCAUCUACUUAUUCUACAAACUACACGAACAGAUGAAAAGCUUGGAGGAGACUAAUGACAAGCUGAAGGAGAGAGCGAGGGUGCUAGAACAGAAAAAAGAGCAAGAAGCAGCUCAAAUGGCAAGUAGAAUUGGAAUGCUUCAGGAAACCAAAUCAUCCCUGGAAAAUGAGAACAUAGAGCUGCUCAAAGUCCAGAAGGUAUUGAAUGAGAGAAUGAGGGUGCUAGAACAGAAAAAAGAGCAAGAAGCAGCUCAAAUGGCAAGUAGAAUUGGAAUGCUUCAGGAAACCAAAUCAUCACUGGAAAAUGAGAAAGCAGAGCUGCUCAAAGUCCAGAAGGUACUGAGUGAGAGAAUGAGAGUGCUAGAACAGAAAAAAGAGCAAGAAGCAGCUCAAAUGGCAAGUAGAAUUGGAAUGCUUCAGGAAACCAAAUCAUCCCUGGAAAAUGAGAACAUAGAGCUGCUCAAAGUCCAGAAGGUAUUGAAUGAGAGAAUGAGGGUGCUAGAACAGAAAAAAGAGCAAGAAGCAGCUCAAAUGGCAAGUAGAAUUGGAAUGCUUCAUGAAACCAAAUCAUCCCUGGAAAAUGAGAAAGCAGAGCUGCUCAAAGUCCAGAAGGUACUGAGUGAGAGAAUGAGAGUGCUAGAACAGAAAAAAGAGCAAGAAGCAGCUCAAAUGGCAAGUAGAAUUGGAAUGCUUCAGGAAACCAAAUUAUCCCUGGAAAAUAAGAACAUAGAGCUGCUCAAAGUCCAGAAGGUACUGAAUGAGAGAAUGAGGGUGCUAGAACAGAAAAAAGAGCAAGAAGCAGCUCAAAUGGCAAGUAGAAUUGGAAUGCUUCAGGAAACCAAAUCAUCCCUGGAAAAUAAGAACAUAGAGCUGCUCAAAGUCCAGAAGGUACUGAAUGAGAGAAUGAGGGUGCUAGAACAGAAAAAAGAGCAAGAAGCAGCUCAAAUGGCAAGUAGAAUUGGAAUGCUUCAGGAAACCAAAUCAUCCCUGGAAAAUGAGAACAUAGAGCUGCUCAAAGUCCAGAAGGUAUUGAAUGAGAGAAUGAGGGUGCUAGAACAGAAAAAAGAGCAAGAAGCAGCUCAAAUGGCAAGUAGAAUUGGAAUGCUUCAGGAAACCAAAUCAUCCCUGGAAAAUGAGAACAUAGAGCUGCUCAAAGUCCAGAAGGUACUGAGUGAGAGAAUGGGGGUGCUAGAACAGAAAAAAGAGCAAGAAGCAGCUCAAAUGGCAAGUAGAAUUGGAAUGCUUCAGGAAACCAAAUCAUCCCUGGAAAAUGAGAACAUAGAGCUGCUCAAAGUCCAGAAGGUACUGAAUGAGAGAAUGAGGGUGCUAGAACAGAAAAAAGAGCAAGAAGCAGCUCAAAUGGCAAGUACAAUUGGAAUGCUUCAGGAAACCAAAUCAUCCCUAGAAAAUGAGAACAUAGAGCUGCUCAAAGACCAGAAGGUACUGAAUGAGAGAAUGAGGGAGCUAGAACAGAAAAAAGAGCAAGAAGCAGCUCAAAUGGCAAGUAGAAUUGGAAUGCUUCAGGAAACCAAAUCAUCCCUGGAAAAUGAGAAAGUAGAGCUGCUCAAAGUCCAGAAGGUACUGAAUGAGAGAAUGAGGGAGCUAGAACAGAAAAAAGAGCAAGAAGCAGCUCAAAUGGCAAGUAGAAUUGGAAUACUUCAGGAAACCAAAUCAUCCCUGGAAAAUGAGAAAGUAGAGUUGCUCAAUGUCCAGAAGGUACUGAAUGAAAGAAUGAGGGUGCUAGAACAGAAAAAAAAGCAAGAAGCAGCUCAAAUGGCAAGUAGAAUUGGAAUGCUUCAGGAAGCCAAAUCAUCCCUGGAAAAUGAGAACAUAGGGCUGCUCAAAGUCCAGAAGGUACUGAGUGAGAGAAUGAUUGAGCUAGAACAGAAAAAAGAGCAAGAAGCAGCUCAAAUGGCAAGCAGAAUUGGAAUGCUUCAGGAAACCAAAUCAUCCAUGGAAAAUGAGAAAGCAGAGCUGCUCAAAGUCCAGAAGGUACUGAAUGAGAGAAUGAGGGAGCUAGAACAGAAAAAAGAGCAAGAAACAGCUCAAAUGGUAAGUAGAAUUGGAAUGCUUCAGGAAACCAAAUCAUCCCUGGAAAAUGAGAAAGCAGAGCUGCUCAAAGUCCAGAAGGUACUGAAUGAGAGAAUGAGGGCGCUAGAACAGAAAAAAGAGCAAGAAGCAGCUCAAAUGGCAAGUAGAAUUGGAAUGCUUCAGGAAGCCAAAUCAUCCCUGGAAAAUGAGAACAUAGGGCUGCUCAAAGUCCAGAAGGUACUGAGUGAGAGAAUGAGGGAGCUAGAACAGAAAAAAGAGCAGCAAGAAGCAGCUCAAAUGGAAGCAGAAUUGGAAUGCUUCAGGAAACCAAAUCAUCCCUGGAAAAUGAGAAAGCAGAGCUGUUCAAAGUCCAGAAGGUACUGA